AUGUUCUAUCCAGCAUGGUGGUUGGUCGAUAAGAGGGCAUUCUGCUUCGUUUGUUGGGCGGUGUUGUCCUUCAUAAGAGGUGUGCAAACGCAAUGGAAACCGAUAGAAGUUCAAGUACUAGAUGAACAGAACAAGCUCGUCCUCAAAUUGAAUAUGUACACAAAUGAGAAACUAUCUACUCUUUAUACGAUUCUGGUGAGAACCGUAAUGUUUAUUUGUGCGACCUAUGAGGGAUUUAAUUUAGACGGUGAUUAUUCAUUCGAAGACUAUAAAAUUAAAACGAAGGUCGCAAAAUUCAAAAUCACUGAUUCUUGUGGUUGGCCAUGGACACCACUAGAAUAUAUACAUGAAAAGUACAAAGUUGAGGGGACAACGAAUCUACCGAGUGGCUCGGAAGAUACUUCAGAAGCAUAUUUUGCACAAAUAGUUUUCUGGAUAGUUCUUGUAAUAUUGGCAAUUGCCAUCGCAUUGUUAGUAACCUACUACUUAUAUCUGACAAAAAGAAGACGCCAAAUCCAGAAAGAGAAAAAGGAUCUCAGAAAAGGAAAAACUGUGACAUCGACUGUUUCAACUACUCGAACAGCGGGAAACGUUGCACCGUCAUCUCCUAAGGUCACUGAUGUCAUUAUUGUAAACCCUGAGAUUCCCAGGAUAGAGGGCGAAGAGGAAGUACAAAACACAAGUGCAUCAACAACUGAAAAGAAAGGGUCCAUAACAGUUAUUCCAAGCGUUCUGCAUUGGAAAUCGGAGUUCUGGAGUGAAGUGCAUUCUGAACCCUUACUUCUGUGGCAUGCACUACUGACCUUCACAGCUGAAAGUUCAACAGUUUGCAGACGACAACAAAAUAGAUCGGUUUCAUGGCCAAGAAAGAGUCUAGAAAGAGUUUCGGAGAGGAUUCUCCUUUUCCUCCUACCCUUCCAUUCAACAACUCAAAAUCAAGAGCACGUUGGAGAUUUUGGAGUAAUAAUUGACGAGUGGCAAACGAUAUCCUUUUGUGUUCUCAUAUCUUACGAAUGGAGUUGA